AUGUUGUUGUUGGUACCGACGGCGUUACUGGUGGCGGUGCGUGCGGGCACGGCGCCGCCGCCGCAGCCCUGCGACAUCGCGCCGCCGCACGCGCAGCCCACUGACGGCCAUUACCGGCUUGGCGUCUCCGGUGACCCCGACUUGUUUCUACCGGGAGAACUAUAUACUGUUUCCCUCCAAGGUGUGGACAGCGGACAAGGGCCGUCACCGUUCAUCGGGUUCAAAAUGUGGGCAGAGUUAGAAGAAGUAUCAGAUGACAUAGACCCGCCGUCAUCACCAGCCAAUCAGUCGCUCGGGACAUUCCAGACGUAUGAUGCCCACGCCAAACUGCAGGAGCUCUGUAAGCCUGCUGUCGAGAAUGCCACUGCUCAUCCUAAGACUGAGAUACAGGUGAUCUGGAGUGCACCAAAGACUGCAGUGGACAUGUGUGUGCGGUUGUGUGCAAUCACAAGUCCUGUGGAUGGUAAGGGUGUGUCGGUGCUGGCCCGCAAGCUGUGUGCCGCACCGGCCGCGCCUGCCAGCUUCACCAGACAACCGCCCAUCGUGGAACCUUGCUGCGCUUGUGAUGAGGCCAAAUAUGAGGUGACAUUCGAAGGGCUGUGGUCUCGCAAUACUCAUCCCAGAGACUUCCCUCCGGAAGUGGCGCGAGCGCACUUUGGUGACGUCAUCGGUGCGUCGCAUACCGCACAGUUCCGAGUGUGGCAGGAAGGGAGAGUAGCGACCGCGGGGCUGCGGCGGCUAGCUGAUGAUGGGGCUACUACGGCGUUGGAGAAGGAAUUGAAAGCUGAGAGUGACCACAUCAGGACCAUAGUGAAAGCCCGCGGUAUCUCCUGGCAGCAAGUGGCUGGUGGUCACGGGAUGCCGUCAACCUUCGCAGUGUUCCGUGUGGACGCGAAGCAUCACCUCGUGUCUCUAGCAGCUAAGCUGGCGCCGUCCCCUGAUUGGAUCGUCGGUGUCUCCGCGCUGGAACUCUGCAACGUUAACUGCACUUGGAGUAGAUCUGCUACUCUUCCUUUAUAUCCGUAUGAUGCGGGCACCGAUAGUGGACUUACUUACACGGCCUCCCGUCAGCCCACGAUCCCCGCGUCUCCGGUGCGGGCGCUGCGGCCUGACUGGCCUCGUGACGUACGCUCGCCCUUCUUCAGCUCUUCAGGCGAGAUGCGCCCCUUCGCGCGACUGCGACUCAAUCGACUUCGACUCUAUGAGAAGAGCUGUGACGCUGGUAAAAUUUCCUUGAGCGAGCUAGGGUCCGAGCCAGCGGCGGGCGGUGGGGGCGGCACGGGCGGCGCAUGCGCCACGCACGCGUGGGGCGCGUGGGCCGCGUGCAGCGUGUCGUGCGGGCCGGGCCGCGCCGCGCGGCAGCGGCACUACGUGUGGCCGGCGCGGGCCCGGGCCGAGGCCUGUCGGCUGCCGCUAACCGACUACAAGCGCUGCUACGGUCCACGGAGACACUGCAGAGCGAUGACCGAGUACGAGCCCGACCCGGCGGAGUCGUCAGGCCCGUGCGCCGUGUCCGAGUGGUCGGAGUGGUCCCCGUGCGCGGGCUGCGGCGUGCGCAUGCGCAGCCGCCGCUACCUGGCGCCGCGCGCGCACAAGCGCUGCCACGUGGGCUACCGCGCGCGGACCGUCAUGAGCCAGGCCAUGCCGUGCGACGCCGGACCUUGUGACAAACCCACCGGAGAAUUCGUGAAUGCGACUAACUUCGACUGGUUUUAUGUGGACAACGGCAGCCCGCAGUGCCCAGUGUCCCCGUGGGGGGAGUGGUCCCCGUGCUCGGCCCGCUGCGGGCGCGGGCGGCGCCUGCGCACGCGGCUGUACGUGGCGCGGGACGCGCGCCUGCAGCAGGAACUGGCGCGCCGCCUGCUCAGGGACUGGAGCCAGCGGUUCGCCGAGCUGCAGGACUUGGACGUGACAGUAGAGAACAUAACAUCAGAAGAUCCUGAUCUGGAGCGUCAGGUGGCGGAGCACCUGGAGCGCUGCCAGUUCACGCUGUCGCAGCAAGAGGCGCUCUGUGAUGGAGAUGAUUACUGCUUCAACGAUACACAAGCACAAGAAGUGUGCGCGCUGCCCGUGUCGAUGGGCCCCUGCCGCGGGUACGAGGAGCGCUGGUUCUACGACGGCGCACGCGCCGUUUGCGAGCCGUUCGGGUACACCGGCUGCGGCGGCAACGCUAACAACUUCCGAUCUAAGGAUGAUUGCAUGAAAGCUUGCGGCCAACACGCAAACUCAAAUAUAACCAGCACUCCACCCGUGAGCGAGUCAACAACGAAGAAGCUCAAACCGACCCCAGCGAGUAUGGACAACGAGGUCAUGCAGAACGAUGCGCCCGCGCAGCAAGAAAAUAUAGAUUGCGAGACUGGUCCGUGGCUCGGGUGGGGCAGUUGUUUCGGAGAAUGCGACUACGCUGUCAAGCUCAACUACCGGUUGGUCAUGCGCGCAGCCUCAGGCUCCGGACGACAGUGUCAUAAGCUGGUGAAGAGUCGUUUAUGUCGCCUGCCGCACUGCAAGAAGGCUCCUUCAGACGUCGGCGAUGCUGGCGAAGUCGCCAAGAUCAUCGAACAACCUGACGAAGAUGACUAAAGGCCUCAAAAGGUUUUACAUUAUCUGCAUUGUUCGGGAUUGAUGUGUGUAAGUUGUAUAAAUUAUACUAUUUAUAUAUGCCUAAUCUGCAAUGGUUAGUACCCUAACAUAACGCCGCCAUAGACCGUGUUAAGGUAUGCGCGGCGCGUGAAGCGGCGCGACCUUCCGGAUAAACAAACGUAUGACAUUGUACUGAGCGUUCACGGAGAAGCGUUUUUGCAAGCGUUUAUUUUAAUUGUAGCGUCACAUAGUAAUAUGGCGGGCGACGUUUGACGCGCUGCUUGAGCGCCGUGUGUCCCUGUACAGUCAUGAGCAAUAUCAUGUACCCACUUUAGAACCCUGUCGCACUAUCAUAUUUGACAUUUAAUGAGGCUUAUGGUUUAAUUUGUCAGAAAAGUUAAUGUCACAUGGUUGCAAAGUGUAUACAUAUUAGUACUCGUGACCGUACUUGGCCUUUAGUAAAAACCUCGACAAGCGCCUUUUUGGAAAGUCAAAUUCCGAUGUGAUUUUCUUCAACAAAACCUCGAACAGUUUCGCUACUUUCAUACAUAAGUACAUGAACAUAUGGUUUCAGGUUACGUUCCUCAAAAACCAUAUAGAUGGCGCUGCUGUGAAGAUCCUUCGUUUAACCUUCUAAUUUCAUGGAACAGUCAUAUGCAUAUUUUUACUUUGUUUUUGUUUUGGUUUUCCCCGAAGGGUAAGGCAAAGGGAACUAUGCCCAUACAGCCAUGUCUUACGUAUUUUUUUUUCUUGAUGAUUGAUGAUGAUGAUGAUGAUGAUGAAUGAUGAUGAUGAAACCUAAGCCCCCACCCUCGGAGUAGACACCUACUCCGAACCCCAAACGAAUUAACUCAAAAGUCCGCAUAAACUUUUGAGUUAUGAAGCGGCUUCCCGGCACGAAGCGAAAAUAGGCAGAUACACUUUGUUUAUUGAAUACUCCAAUAUAAUAACACUCGCGAAUGUCUUCUGACUAACUUAAUGCGAUCAACAAAACACCAUUUCGUAUUAAUUAUUUAGAUUAUUCAAUGAAGAAAGCAACUGUCCCGUUCCCGUUUCCCGCCAAAAAGCCAUUUUUACUUUGUUUUUGGGUGUAAAUGAUGAUCCUUUUUAUUACACCCAGGAACAAUUAUUCUGCCAUUACAUUAUAUUUUUUCAUAAUUAUGUACCCGAGUAAUGAGAAAACAGGUAAUUGUCACGUUAAAUCUGGACAGCGCCAUCUAUAAUAUUUUUAGGGAACGUAGCCUGGAAACUCCUAUUUCGAUGGGUUUUUUCAAAAUGGCGCUUGCGACGUUUUCACUAAAGGCGGCUCUUCUAUCGUGUGGGUUGUGAGGUGGAUUACCAACCCCAUCAAUCCUGGUUAAGCCGUUGGUCCCGGUUACUAUUUACUGAUGUAAGUUAGGAGUCGUUACAUGAACCAUGUCAGGGGUUUUUGGCGGUUCAAUAGUAACCCUGACUAAAGGCGACAAUAAGCAAUAAUAAACCUAAGUUAUUAUAUUAGAGCACUAACUUACUAAGGUGCCAAGUUUAUAAAAGUAAAGGAGUUACUCAACAAAUGUUACGAAGGAAUGUUUCGGUAGUUGUUGAAGUUUUACUAAGUAUUUCAUUCCCUAAUCGUAUAUUGUUUAUAAUAUUGUUUUCCAACAUAGCUGGCGAGGAGCGGGUGUAUACAGGGUGUUAGUGACAUCGUAACGAAUACUGAGGGGGAUGAU